AUUAUCUGUACGUUUCAUCCUCACACAUGUGCGCAGUGAUGAGCACAAUCAGACAAGAACGGAAAUGGGCAAUCAUUUCUUGUUAGAAACUAUUCGAUUCUCUGGCUUACAAUUUAUUAUUUUAAAAAACAUGAAUUUUAAAAAAUAUUUCAUUAAGUAUUCAUCGUGUAUAUUUAUAUAUAUUUUGUUUUGUAUCGCGUUAAUUAUUUUUAAAAUUAGUUACGUUUCUUCGCGACGCGAUAAGACACCAGUUGAUAAUUUUGAAUCCUUGGUAAUUGUCAAUGAAGAUAAUGAUUUAAAUAACUUUGAAGAAAAGUUGACAAAUUCUACAGUUGAUCCUCUAAUAGUUGAUGAAGCGAUUCAACGUGUUUACAGUGUAUGUGAAAAGUAUAACAGAAGCACAGCAUUAGAAAGAAUGCAUUAUUUUUAUUCACCGAAACAUAGUUCUCUAUUUUGUUGGAUUAGAAAAGUUGCCUCUACAAGUUUUACUAAAUUAUUUGCUGACUUGCGUGAUAUUAAAGUAAUUGGCAAUUACUACAAACAAAUAGAAGUAUUGGUACCAGAAAGUAUUGAAGAAUUUUUAAAUUUGAUUGACGACACUGAUGUAUUUAAAUUUAUUGCUGUAAGACAUCCCUUCGAUCGACUUGUUUCCGCAUACAGAAGUCGAAUUGCAGAUAAUUCGAGACAUACAUCACAAGCAUGGAUAUUUGUACCUAGAAUAUUUUAUAUUACACGCCCGCAAUUGUUCCAUUUUAAUAAAACGACCGGCACUCCAUUAGAGCAAAUAUUUUAUAAUGACCGAAGGCUAAAGCUCAUCCCAACGUUUAAAGAAUUCAUAACAUGGCUUCUUGAACAGCCAGACGAGCAAGACGACCCUCACUGGAGUAAAUACCAAUCUCACUGCUCGAUAUGUCAAAUGCCCUUUGAUUAUAUAAUUAAACUAGACAAUUACACCACCAGUGACGUAAAUUAUUUGUUUACAAAGUUGGGAUUAAAUAAAAAUCAAUGGACACUGCCAAGGUUGGGACAGAGUCACGACGGAAUGACAACUUACGCGCGUACGUGCAAUUAUUUAUCGACUUUAUCAAUAGACAUGUUUUACAAAUUAUUUGAACGCUAUAAAAUAGACUUCGAGAUGUUUGAUUACGACUACAGUACUUAUAAAUCUUGUAUAAAUAAAUAAUUCACAUUAAAUAGAAAUAAAUUCUUUAUUAAUUUAUUAUUUAUUACAAACUGAGUUUUUAUAUGAAUUAUAAAAAGGUGACAUUUAACUGCAAUUACAAUGGUAGACAAAAUUGUUUUUUUUUUUUUUUUUAAUCAUUAAUUACUUAAAUAAAUAGUAACUAAUAACCAAUUACUUAAUCAGUUAUCAACUCAUUUAAUAAAGAGUUAAAUAGAUAUUUUUCAAUGCAGAAAAUGAAUUAU